UUGUCACUUGUCUCGCUCAAAUUUAACAUGUCUCCUGUCGCUACUGACGCUGUUUCGAGUUUCAAGGAAAGCUUUGGAGUCGAGACAACUAGCUUGAAAGCGAAGCUACCUCUUCCAGCCUCUGACCAUUCAACUCUUCCCGCUCAAUGGAUGCGUGACGAGUCAAUCUUUGAGCUCGAGAAAAGGGCUAUAUUUUCAAAGGUCUGGCUCUUGACGUCCCAUACAAGCCACUUUUCCAAGCCCGGUGACUAUAUCAGCGGGAACAAUGUAUUUGACUACUUUAUAAUUCGGGACAAAGACGAUAAUUAUCAAGCAUUCCACAAUGUUUGCAGGCACCGUGCUUAUCCAGUUGUCUCGAAAUCCGAGGGCUCCAGCCUUGUCAUUGGAUGCAAGUACCAUGGAUGGAGUUACAAUGCCAAAGGCGAUCUAGUCAAGGCGCCAAAGUUUGAUACAGUCCCUGGAUUUGACAAGAAAGCAAAUGGUCUUUUCAAAAUUCAUACACACGUUACAACACAAGGUUUUAUCUUCCUCAAUUUCGAUGCUUCUCCGAAUCCUGUUCCAUUUGAGGAUCACUUUGCUCAACUACCUGCAGAGUGGAAGGACACGGACUUCACUCAAUACGAGCCGUACUACUACCGCCAGGUGGUUGGAAACUUCAAUUGGAAAACCAUGUCAGAUGGUUAUCAAGAGUGUUAUCACUGCACGAUUGCACAUCCGGGAUUUUCUCAGUCUCUGGAUCUGACAGGAUAUACUGUCGAGCCGCUGUCGAACUCCGCGAGACAUACUGUGCCACUGAAGUCUAAUCCAGAAGAGAAGCAGAGUUUUGUCUUCAUAUUCCCGACACAUGGAGUGACAGUUGCUCCUGAAGUAUGGUAUAUUUUAAGGUCUGUGCCGCUGAGUGCAACGAAGACGCGCAUGGAGUUUGAUGUUUUCCGUCGUAAAGGAGUCCCGGAAGAAGUCUUACUUGAGAAUAGGAAGUUCUAUACGCAAGUACAACAAGAAGACUUCGACCUUUGUGAGAAUGCCCAACGUGGACUUAACGCUGGUAUUUACCAUAAAGGUGUCUUGCAUCCAGAGGAGGAGAAAGGAGUACUGUAUUAUCAAAGUCGAGUCCUCGACUUCUGUCAGACACACCUCCAGCUAGAGAGGCAACUGGGGAAGGUUAUAUAUCCUGCGCGACCCUUGUCGCAAGACGAUGGUGAAGCGCCUAGUUGCGAGGCGAGUCGGCUAUGCGCCGAACUUGACGCCAAUGGUACCAUGUCCUGGUAACUAUUUUUAGGUCAC